UUAGUACCCCAUUGAGAGGCAAGCAAAGAACAUACCAAAUACCAAACACCAAACACAAAACAAUAACCAUCUCUUCUAUUAAUUAAUGUUGUUGAUACUUUCUUCCCAAAUCCUUUGAUCACAUUUCCUAGGUAUACAUACACACACAUAAAAAAAUAUGCAAGAAUCACAAAUCAAUCUUCAAGAUCUUCAAAACGGCACCACCACCUUUGAUCCGACAGUUACUCACGAUGACUUUCUUAAUCAACUGCUCUCCGGCCUCCAAACCACCGUUUCCUGGCCGGACAUAUCCGCCGGCGACGGUCAAACCAAACCAACACUCCCAUGGAACGUUGACCAUUUUGACGACCAGUCAGCACUUCUCUCAUCCAAGCUCCGCCACCACCACAUCGCCGCCGCCGGCGGAGGCCGUACAACGUUAGUUCAAAACGACAAUUCAUCCUUCAAUUCACCGAUUGGAGAUAACAAUUCAAUUCAAAGUAUUCAAAAUCUGUUUCAUGGGUUCACCGGAUCUCUAACAUCCAACCAAACCCAACAAAGCUUCGGGUCUCUUGAAGCGGCAGCGGCGGUGAUGAUGAGCCCAAGUGCGGCGGCGGGAGGUGGUGGUGGUGGAGCACCGUCGCAGCCCCGACAGAGAGUGAGAGCCAGAAGAGGACAAGCAACUGACCCACACAGCAUAGCUGAAAGAUUACGGCGGGAGAGGAUUGCCGAGAGGAUGAAAGCUCUACAAGAACUCGUCCCGAAUGCUAACAAAGCGGACAAGGCUACCAUGCUAGAUGAUAUCAUAGACUAUGUCAAAUUCCUCCAGCUCCAAGUAAAGGUAUUGAGUAUGAGCAGAUUGGGAGGUGCUCCUAGUGCCACCAUUGUUGCCGAGGGAGGAGGUAAUGAGCCGGCGUCGUUUUCGAACAAUGACACCACCACAGUGACGGAGAGCCAAGUGGUGAAGCUGAUGGAGGAAGAUAUGGGUGCCGCCAUGCAGUAUCUACAAGAAAAAGGGCUUUGUCUCAUGCCGAUUUCACUCGCCACCGUUAUCUCCACCGGCUCCCGGAGCAACCACCCGUUAACAGGUGGAGAGGGUGGCGGGCCGUCGUCACCGAAUAUGUCGGUGUUGACAGUUCAGUCUGGCAAUGGGAUGUCUGUGAGAGACUCCCCGUAAACUGUUGACUUCCGGCCGACCUUUUUACCUUUUUGCAUAGGAACUUUGUCAGCCUUUUUUUCCGAGAUUGUCAAGUCUAACAAACAUGAGGGGGUGGUGUUAAAUUAUGUGUAACCUUUGUGCAAGUGCUUUAUGUGACGUCGUUUCAUUGUACGCCUUUGAUGUGUUGAAUAUUUA